AUGGAGUGCUCUAUCGCCAAGAAGAUAUGGGGCUGGUCAAAGGAGAACAAUCUUCACUAUAAGUUUAUGAUUAGUGACGGUGAUAGUAAAGCCUAUGCUAGUAUCUGGGAUACAUGUGGUUGCUGUGCUGAUUGUGAGAAAUGGGAAAACACCGACAAACGUUCAGCUGAGUAUAAGAAAUGGCAUGAAUCUAGGGGUUAUGUAGAACGGAAGAAAAGUCAUGAGAGUGGGAAGGCCGAUUGUUCCAGGGUGACAAAGUUGGAUUGUGUUGGGCAUGUACACAAAAGAAUGGGAAGUCAUUUGCGGGAACUAAGAAAGAAAGUAACCAAGCUGAAGGAUGGGAAAUCGGUGAAGGGAAGAAAACAUCGACUGACAGACAAAGUGAUAGAUAAGCUCCAGACAUACUAUGGCAAUGCAAUCAGAGCAAAUGUCAAACCUGGGAAGCUAACUGCACAACAGCAAAAGGAGCAAAUAUCCAUCAAGCAACAGGCUAUAAUGGCAGUUCUAUAG